AACAAACUCACCUUAACAUGAUAGAAACUUGUAUUGUAAACAUUAAGAAUUACCUCUGUUGACAGUAGUUGAUGGUUUAUAGUGUGCAACUGUGUGGGAUAUUUUAGGAUUUUCAUUGUACCUGUAAUAUAAAAAUUCAAUAUCAGUAUUACCAUGAUAAUAAAAAUUACUUUAUUCCUAGGUUUCUUAAUAAAGGUCUCAGCAGAUGAAGACUCUUAUGACUGCGUGGAUGCUCUAGACAGAUUGACUUGCAAAGUGAGAUGUCCAGAGAGUAGGCAAGUUCGAGAAAAGAACUGCCCUUUUAACAGGAUCUGUUGCUUUGGAAAACCUACAAGUGUUUUUAUGCCUAUAAGAAGGGAUGUACCUUUCUAUGAACCCCCUAGUCCACUGCCUGAACUAAAUUCAGAAUUUGGUUUAUCUGAUUCAGAUUACGAUUACAUCUUAAAAAAAAUUAAUGAAACAGAAUCCGCUAACAAAGUAAAUGGAAAAGAAACCGCAACUGCUACAACUACAACUACCACCACACCAAGAAUCGAUGAUACGUAUAAUGCUGUGAUCAAAAUUGAAGAGACAGACAGGAAAAGUGUCAAAUAUUGCAAGAUAUAUACUAAUCUUACAUAUGAAUACUCAUAUGCAAGUCCAGUACUACCUGAGAUAAUUCCUUUUGCAAUAGUAAUGGACAACUGCAUUCCUAUUGUCAAGCCAUUAGUUGUUGGUGGAAAAGCUGUUGUCAGGGGAGAAUUUCCACACAUGGCUGCUCUUGGAUUUAACAAAACUGACUUCAUAGACUACUUGUGCGGAGGAACAUUGAUCAGUGAGAAACACAUACUUACAGCAGGGCAUUGCACAAACACAAGAUGGGGUAAUCCAGUAGUAGUAAUGCUAGGGUCUGUUGAGCUCUAUGGUGCAGAUAGUAUAGAAGCAAAAGUAGCAAAGAUAAUAACCCACCCAGACUACAAACCAUCUUCGUACUACAACGACAUAGCUAUUUUAGAGUUGAAAGAGGAAGUGAAGUUUUCACAAUAUGUUCGACCAGCAUGCAUCCCUCAACCGGAAUCAAAGGCACAUAAUGCUGGAAGUAUUACAAUUGCUACUGGCUGGGGGAAAACUGGACCAGCUUAUGAAGCAAGUAUGGAUCUCUUAAAAGUGCUUUUACGAAUCGUAAAUAGCACAGAAUGUCAAGAACACUAUUCAAGCAAUUAUAAGUUUUCUCCUCUAAAAGAAGGUAUCAACGAGAAUCUGAUCUGUGCCAUAGGUUACAAAAGCAAAUACCAUGAUACAUGCCAGGGUGAUUCUGGAGGACCACUUCAGACUUUCCUUCCAGGGCAUAAGUGCGCUUUUGAAGUAACAGGAAUCACAUCUUUUGGAAAGAUGUGUGGAACAGGAAUACCUGCAGUAUAUACCAAAGUACAACCUUACGUCCCGUGGAUUGAAAAUGUUGUAUGGCCUUAAUUUUAUUGUGGAUUUUUUAACUGUACAUAAAUGUAUAUUAUGUAAAUUGAUUUUAAUAAUUUAUUAUUUUUUAUAAACUAGCUUUAAUUUGUAUUAGUUUUUAGUUAUUAGAUUAUAUAUAAUAAUGAAAUGUAUUUAUUAUAGACAAGACAAAUUAUCUCGAUGAGUUAUUUUAAUUAUACUGUGAAAUAAAGUGUUUAUUUAUUGCUAACUUUGUUUUUAUUUUAAUAUUUAUUUGAUGAUGGAUGUAAAAUAUAUAAAGUAGUCCCAGAUAGAACAUAUAGAAAAAUAUUAUUGGGUACCUUGCUACUAACUUCCUCAAUCUAAAGUAUAGGCACCAGGGAUAGAAAGGAGAAGAGGAGUAAGGUACUUUCUGUCCCAGCCCAAUCUUUU